AUGAUAAAUGCGGUAGAUAGGGUGCUAUGUUGUUUUAAUCGGAUCACACCGGAUGAUGCAGGUGAAGAGAAAGUUCACAUUGAGAAAUAUAUCUUCAAACCGGAUCCAUUUCAUCGUUUGGUUUUUACAUUGGACGCAGCUGGUCUUGAUAAGCAUGAAUUGGAUAUUGCAUUCCCGAGACUUCUGGCGGAGUUGGAUUUAUCACCCGAAAAUCAGAAGUUAUUACUUGAUCAACCAAUUGAAAAGAAAUUUUUAAUGCUUAAAGAACAAAGUGCUAUACGAGAAAUGUAUGGCAUAGGUGAUGGUAAAAUAGCGGAGAAAUUUUUGAAAAUAAUUCAAGAAGAUAAUUUAUUGGACAAUGGUAAUAAUCUUCAUAUUUUGGAAGCGUUGUUUAUCUCGCUGAGAACGCAAUCACACAGUUACGUGGAAAAUUUCAUAAAAUUAGACGGCAGUAGACAUUUAAGAAAUUUGCUGAGUGAAUGUCGGAAGCGAUUCGGAUUGGAACAACAUGCGGCUACAAUAUUGCUUUGUUUUCGAGUUCUUCUUAAUUCAACGGUCGGCCGAUUGGCUGUUCUGUCGUCGGAUGAGACACUUCGUGUCAUUGCAUCGUCCAUUUCUCUUCUGAGUGCCAAAUGCAAGGUGUUGUGUUAUGAGAUAUUGGCAGGUAUUUGUUUGAUACCUAACGGACAUCAAAAAGUGCUGCAUGCGAUAACGGAGGCACGUGGAAUCCUUGGAGAAAGGACGAGAUUUCAACGAUUGGUGGAUGAUAUCUAUCGAAAUUACGGCAGCGAUCGCGAAACAGAACGAGUACGUACAGCUGCAAUGAGCUUAGUUAACGCAUUACUAAGCAGUGGUUCUGCCGAAAAUUCAGUGGAAUUUCGUAUGCAUUUACGGUUUGAACUAUUGAUGUUAGGCUUGCAUAAUAUUUUGGAACAACUUCGUACGACCUCUUCCGCUGUUUUAGACGACCAUUUCGAUUUGUUUGAAAUGAGUCGACAAGAGGAUGAGUUAUAUUUUGCCAGGAGUGAUUCGGGAACAUCAACGCCAGUUGAUGUGGAAAAUCCAACAGAUAUCGUUGAUAUAUUGCUUGAACGAUUGAAUAAUACCGUUGCGAUGCCUCAUUUCAUUUCUAUUUUGCAGCAUCUUAUCCUUGUACCAACCGAUAAUAAGCAUAUCCAUAUAUGGAGAUUGCUGGAUAUUGCACUGCAACAAUUAGUUUUACAAGCGAAAAUGGAUGUUUGUCCUGAUGUACAAGAACCCGUUGUUAAUAUAGAUAUGAAUAAAGUUUUAUCCAGAUUACAUACACAAAAUGAAUAUGAUAAUCUUGAAAAAAUGUAUAACGAAUUGGAAGAAGAAUUACGACGAGAGCGAAUGAAUGUGAUUGAAUUGCAAAGUCGUCUUGCUGACUGCGACAUGCGUUCUAUUUAUUCCAGAACGAGCGGAGAUUCGACAGAUUCGACGUUUCCAUCUGAUCCAUGCCAAUCACCGAGUCCCUCGUCAUCAUCGGUACCACCCGUAUGUCCACCGCUGUUACCUCCACCACCACCGCCACCAUCAUUAUUGCAACUUUGUUUGCAAGGUGGUCGAAUAGCAACAGAAACAAUUGAUAUGAAUGAAAAGAUGAAAAAGAUACCGAAAUCAACGAUGCAGUUGAAAACACUUAAUUGGAUAAUGAUUCCGAAAGAGAAAAUCUUUGGAACUGUGUGGGAGAAUAUCGAUGAGGAAAAAUUGUAUCAACAGUUAGAUCUCGAUGAUAUUAUGAAAAAUUUUUCAAUUAGCAAAAUAUCGAUUGACGAAACGGAAUCAAUAAGUGAAACAUUACGUCGACAGUACCGUGCAGAAACAUCCAUUUCUAUCAUUGAAACACGUCGUGCACAAAAUUGCACGAUUAUGCUAUCGAAACUUCGAUUAUCAAAUAAACAAAUUAAAAAUGCUAUUUUAUCGAUGGAUCAAUGCGGCGAAUUACCUCGUGAUAUGAUCGAACAAAUGUUGAAAUUCUUGCCGACCAAAGAAGAAAUUUUAAAACUGCGCGAAAUCGUGGACAAGUACAAAACUGCCAGUGUAUUAUCAGUGGCCGAUCGAUUCUUUUAUGAAAUUAGCAACGUUCCACGACAUGAAGAACGAUUACGCUGCUUGCAUAUUAUUAGCACAUAUCGAGAACGUGUUGACGACGUUUCCAAUAUUGUUGAAACUGUAACAAAUGCUUCAGCAGCUGUGACAGGUAGCAAACGUUUAAGGCAAUUGUUACGUAUGGUUCUAGCAAUGGGGAAUUUCUUGAAUUGUGGAAAACGUAAUGGAAAUGCUUACGGAUUUACAUUAGGUUCGUUACGAUUACUCACAGAAGUACGAAAUUCUUUACGUUCCGAUCGUAAUUUGUUGCAUUAUAUCGUUGAGCAAAUGGAAAAUAAGAAGUCAGAUGUGUUACGUCUAAAACGUGACCUGGAAAGUGUUCAUCAGGCUGCUAGACAUAGCCGUAAAGAAAUCGAGCAGGAACUGUGUGCACUACGCAAAUCAAUCUCAAUUGCAACGGAAGCGUUACGUUCAAGUGAAGCAGUGAACAAACAGGACGUAUGGAAUAACGAAUGUGACCGGAACGUGGACCGUUUUGUAGCAGUGCUUAAGAAUUUCCUAAAUUCUGCUGAAAAUGAAUUCGCACAAGUUGAAAAGCAAUAUAGUGAAAUGAAUACCAAAUUCCGGGUGUGUGUAAGAAUGUUUGCGGAAGAACCAAAAACCACUUCACCGGAUGAUUUUUUUGGUGUAAUCUCGAAAUUUUUGACUGCACUAACCGAAUGCCAUCGACAACUUUGGGAAGAGCGUGAGAAUUUAGAACGAAUUAAAAAGCAAACAGUGGCACGGUCGAUAUUGUCUAAGAAAUCUCGACAACGUGACAAUCGUAACCGUGAUUUUGAUCAGUUAGUUACAGCAUUACAAAGUGGUGAAAUAUUUUCCGAAGAAUUGACACGUUUAAGAACAUCAUUUCGCUCACGGAAAAAAUUGUCACAACAGAUUAUUUGA